AUGCUGAAUUGGCUAUUACUUUUUUCAACAGUUUGUGUUGUGUUAGCAUUUAAAGUUCCUAACUUUUUUGCUUCGCAAACGUCUAUACAAGCUUUCCAAAAGUACUUAGAAGAAACAUGUCAGACAGUCAACGACUCGGAUCUAUUCAUAAGAUAUCGUGAUUGGGAACUGCAUAUGUUCAUUGAGAGUUUGCGGGCUGAACUUUUGCCUGAGACUGAAAACGGAGACUUGAGAGCCUACAUGAGAAGCCCUUUAUCAAAAGUUAUGCCUCUUAGCCCUUUGCUGGGCGAACUGGAACCAGAAAGAUGCUCAAAAUCCAUGGUGGGGAAAACAAAAUUGAAGUCCGACAAAGCUGUAACCAAAGCUGCUUUCCAGGACUUUUUGAUCGAUCUACUGCUAGAUAAUGAUACAUAA